GCGCCUCUGCAUCUUAAGCUUGCCGGCGGUGAAUACCCGGCAGAUGAAGAAGAAGAAACCGGAGGGGCAGUUGAUAUCCCAAAGGCGGCCGCGGUGAAGAUCCCGGACAGAUGCGUUUUCUUCUGCCGUGACCGGGUGGAGGAUUACGACUCGUGCCUCUUUACCUGCCGGACCGGAGCGCCCGUGCAUCAUAAUCAUAAGCUUGCCGUCGGCGGGGCCGGGGAAUCAACAACACAAAAAGAAGAAGCGCCAAGAGGAGCGGUUCAUGUCCGGGAGGCGCAGGUGCAGCACGAGGCUGCUGCAGGAGCACAGCCGAUGAAAACCGACCCGUGCGAGGCUUACUGCAGAAGGCAUGCUCGAGAUUUUCCGGCCAAGUACGCAGCCUGCCUGCUCCCGUGCCAGUCUGGUGGGCACCCAGGAUGGGAAACAAUGGCACAAGAUGAAGAAGCAAGCCGAGGAGCGGUUGAUGUCCCGGCGGGGGCACAGGUGCAGCACCAUGAGGCUGUCGCACGAGCACAGCCGAUGAAAAAUACGGACCCGUGCGAGGACUGCUGCAGGGAGCAAACUCGUUAUUUUCCCAGGCUCGGGCAGUUCUUCGAUUGCGUGGAGGAGUGCCACGCCGGUCAUGGUAGGCUCGCCGGCGACGGCAGGAAUGGGAUCCUCCGCGGCGUCAAGAACCACAGAAGAAGGACAGCGAAGCCCAGCCCCAGCUUGGCCUCGGCACCGGCAACAUAG